AGUGCCCUGGAGCUCGCUGGCUCUGCCGCCUCUCCCUGUCCCCAGACCCACGCCUGGCCUGACAGAGGUGCCUGUUCUCUGCAAGUGUCAGGCGCAAGGCCGGCACCCCACUUCCUUCCCCAAAAUCCCCUCACCCCCCGCAAACUCAAGCUGGGCCGGCGCAGGCAGUGGGGAGUCCCAUCCUCCCCCAUCUGGUGUCAUCGCUCCACCCAGCAUCCCCUGCCGCGAGAGGGGCAGAGUCGGCACGGUCUCCCCGGCCUUCCCGGGACCCCCCACAGGUGUCCACAGCACCGCGCAGAGCCAGGCAGCCGGCAGCCCGGGACCAUGAACGACACCUGCGGCCCCCCCGAGUGGCCCCCGCCACUCAGGUACGUCUUCCUGGCCUACCUGGGCACGCUGCUGGUGCUGGGCCUGCUGCUCAACGGCCUGGCGCUCUGGGUGCUCUGCCGCCGCAUGCCGCGGUGGAGCGAGACGCGGGUCUACAUGACCAACCUGGCGGGGGCCGACCUGUGCCUGCUCUGCGCCAUGCCCUUUGUGCUGUACUCGCUGCACCACACGGCCACCGACACGCCGCUGUGCCAGCUGUCCCAGAGCGUCUACCUGACCAACAGGUACAUGAGCAUCAGCCUGGUCGUGGCCAUCGCCGUGGACCGCUACCUGGCCGUGCGGCACCCGCUGCGGGCCCGCAGCCUCCGCUCCCCGCGGCAGGCCGCGGCCGUGUGCGCUGUCCUCUGGGCCCUGGUGACCAGCUCCGUGGUGGCUCGCUGGGUCCUGGGCAUGCAGGAGGGCGGCUUCUGCUUCACCACCCACUCCCGGCACAGCUUCAAGACCACGGUGUUCUCGCUCAUGGGCUUCUACGUGCCGCUGGCCGUGCUGGUCUUCUGCUCUCAGCAGGUGGUGACCGCCCUGGCCCGGAGGCCAGCCACCGACAGGGGGCAGGCAGAGGCCACCCGCAGGGCUGCCCGCAUGGUCUGGGCCAACCUGGUCGUGUUCGUGGUCUGCUUCCUGCCCCUGCACGUGGCGCUGACGGUGCACGCGGCCCUGGGCACGCAGAGCUGCGCCGUCAGCAGGGCUCUGGGCCACGCCCUCUUCUUCACGAGCAAGCUCUCAGACGCCAACUGCUGCCUGGACGCCAUCUGCUACUACUACAUGGCCAGGGAGUUUCAGGAGGCGUCUGCCCUGGCCGCGCCCCCCAGCGCCAAGGCCCACAAGAGCCAGGACUCCCUGUUCGUGACCCUCUCGUAGGAGGCACGCCGUGGGCGCCAUGGGCGCCGUGGGCCAGGGCUGGGGUCUCCGG